AUGUCGAGUUUCCAAGCAGUCAACACUACCCUGGCGGUGCCUGAACCGCCACCAGGACGCUCUGGGGAAGAAACAACCCCCACGACUCCACGACCAGAUGCUAGGUUCCAAAAGGACUCAAAGAGUGGCGAGGAAAUUAGGACAGAAGACCCUUCCCUCAAGACACCGACACGCAAUAGCUUCAUUGGUAUUGCCGGCCAACAACCCCUACCUUCCUCGCCCUUCGAGCCCACUCGCGAACUCAGUGAGACACCUUCAACCAAAAGCAAUCUGAGCAGAGGGCAAUCACACACUUCGACACAAUCGGUAGACACAACAGAAGAUGUACACAUGGGCGAGGGCGACGAGGACGACGACAAAGACGGGUCAGACAAUGAGAGUGUAACCAGUGAAAGCGGCAGGCCGUCAAAGAAAAAGAAAGGGCAGCGUUUCUUUUGUACCGAGUUUCCUCCAUGCAAUUUGAGCUUUACGAGAAGUGAGCAUUUAGCUAGGCAUAUUCGUAAACACACUGGUGAACGACCGUUCCAAUGUCACUGCUCUCGACGCUUCUCACGACUCGACAAUCUUCGACAACACGCCCAGACUGUUCAUGUCAACGAAGACAUUCCAGCAGAAUCACUUGCUGCGACUGGCACAAGGUUUCAAAGACAGAUCAGGACGGACCGUGUCAGGCCUCCUGGGCCUCGCUCUAGGGCGAACACCCUCGGAAGUAUGGGCGGGCACAGCAGAGGACACAGCAGGAACCUCUCGACUUCAAGUAUUACAUCGACUAUCUCGGCCAUGAGCGUGGCACAGUCUCCAGACUCUCGACGCCGACCUCUACCUCUUGCCAUGGCCAGUGACGAUUCUGCGAGAGCACGAUUGUCGCUGCAGACCAUGGAAGCUUACAACCCACCACUCAUGGGUAGUCCAGGCCCUCAGAUUGUUGAGUACGACUCCCAAUCAAAUGCUCCCACCACGCCCACAUCUACGACAUAUUCCGGAAUUGCAGGCAGCCCUGCACAAUUUUGUUCUGCGAUGCACUCACCUGCGUCUACAUCGUCCAGACCGGUUUCAUGGGCUGGCCCACCACCAGGACGUCGCUUGUCUAACAGUAACCCUUUCUCAGGACCACCCGGACAAGUUCCUCCACCGUAUAUGUCUCCACUACAGUCAUCUGCCGCCUCUACAUUCUCGACUCAAAGUAGCGUGUAUAGUAGUCCAGUAGUCUCAAACUUUCCAGGACAGAGGAGGGAAUCGAACGCAGACGCAGACUGGAGAAGACGAACUUGGCACCCAGGCACAUAUACUGGACCUCGACCGGCAACAAGUGGACUUGGCUACCACCAGACACCUGAUGCAGACCGACCAUCGUACACAUCGCAACCCGCUGCAUCACAAACUAGGCUUCCCGGCAUCGAAAGUUUUGACUAUGCGCCUCCUCCACCAGCUCUAUCGCGUCCUCCACCGGGCCCUGUGCACACGGAUGCACCACAACGCCCCCUCACUUACCACGCACCGAUCGAGCCUCUACCAGGUGUUGGACAUAGGAAACGCAUGAGCGUCUCCUGGGAGGACACCAUGCAAAGGGGCAUCAAUCGUCUCGACAUAACUGGCUCAGCCUCCCCUCGGGAGUCGUGGCCGCAGUAUCCUCCUAAUGGACAACCAGCUACGACCCGGCCUAUGACUGCACCCCACGGCUUCUUCAAUCAUCAGCAGCCGCCAAAUGUCCCUCAGCUAUUGCAAACCCAUCCCGCUGAUUCAGGGCGUAGCUCUCAGGAAGUGCCUGCUACGCCUCGCAAGAACAAGCGGCAGGCUUGGUAUAACGGGCCCGUCAGCCAACCUGUCUCCCAGCCGGUACGGGUCAUGCAGCGCACGUCUCCCGAGGACUCAAGCAGUAGCGAAGGUGUUCCGACCCCAGGUAAUACUACAAUGAGCGAAUACCACCCUGCAAUUGUGCAUAGCAAUGGGUUCGUGGAGGCACACCCCCCCGGGGCUCAUGUGGAGGAAUACAAAUCUCCAGCCUCAAUCAUGGACAGACCGCAUCCGCUGCAUACUGGCUAUCAAUCUUACCAUAGGCACACCCUCUCCAACUCGAGUUCUAGCUCGACCUAUCGACCUCAGCGCGAGCCGGAGAGAGGACCUACCACGUUUGGUCAACCAUUACCUCCACAGGGCGCCAACGACAUGAGACGACUCGAUGCUCUCGUGGCUGUGGCAACCGGCGAACACCAGGCUGUUGAGAACCGAUCCUGA